UUUCACUGUCAAAAUAAUAAAGUCAUAAAAGUAAAAAUGUCUGCGACGAGAAGGCUUCAAAAAGAAUUAGCGGAUUUACAAAGUUCCGGUUUAAAAUCAUUUAGGGACAUUAAAGUUGAUGAGCAGAAUUUAUUAUAUUGGACGGGUUUAAUUGUACCGGAAAAUCCGCCAUAUAACAAAGGUGCCUUUCGUAUUGAAAUCACUUUUCCUGCUGAAUAUCCAUUUAAACCCCCUAAAAUUCAUUUUAAGACUAAAAUUUAUCAUCCUAAUAUUGAUGAAAAAGGUCAAGUGUGUCUGCCUAUAAUUAGUACAGAAAAUUGGAAACCAGCAACUAAAACAGACCAAGUUAUUAGCGCAUUAAUAGCACUUGUAAAUGAUCCUGAACCAGAACAUCCACUACGUGGUGACUUAGCAGAAGAAUAUUUGAAAGAUCGUAAAAAAUUUUUUAAAAAUGCUGAAGAGUUUACAAGAAAACACAGCGAAAAAAGGCCAAACGAAUAAAAAAUAUUUAAAAACAUAAUAUAUGCAUAUAAAAUUAAACAAUAUAAAAUCAAUUUAUUUAAAUAUAUAUACAUACAUGUAUAUACAUACAUAUAAAUUAUUAAAAAAAUAAAACUAAAUUUUACUUAGAAAUUAUUUUAAAGAAUAAAAUAAAGAAUAUAAGAAUAGUAAAUGAAUAAAAUUUGUGUAAAUCAAAAAAGAUGAAAUCAUAUAAAACAAUAGUAACUAAAAGAAAAUUACAUUUCAAAAAAAAAAAAUAAAAAAAUCUGAUAUACUUACUAAAAAAAAUUUUUUGUAUAAAAAGUUUUUAAAUAGCUUUUCCUUUUAAACUAUGUUACUUAAUUGAUUUUUAUAAAACAAAAGUUAUUUUGCAACCACUUAAAAGUAAAUUAUUAAAAAUAAUAAUUCUCUUUAUUUAAAUCCAAAUUUUUGCCUUUUUUUUUUACUAAUCCAAACAAAGAUCUUAAAUUUAGAAAUUAUAAAUUCGUUUUAAGUAAAUUGUAACUAAUGCAUAAUAUAUAUUUUUAAAAUUAGAAUUUAAUACAUACUUAAACAAAUCAAAUUUUCUUUGUGUUUUUCGAAUAUUAUUCUUUUUGCCUAAUAUUUACAUUUAGAUAGUUUGAAAGUUAAAGUGACGAUUUAAUUUUUGUGUCUAUAAAAUGUAUUUACUGAUAAAAUGAUUGUUAAAACAAAAAAUUCGUUAUUUGCUUUUCUUUUUUUCUCUAAACUUAAUUGUAAAAAAAUGUAUUGUUUUUAACGUAUUUUAGUAUUUUAAUUCUUUUAAAAAUGAUGGAAAACGAAUUUUUUCUAAACUAGGUAUACUGAAUAAAGCUUGCCCGCAAAUCUAUAAUGUGUUAAAAAAAAGCUACAACAAAGACAAAAAAAAAUUAAUAGUUACUGUCUUUAUCUAUUUAAAAAAAAAAAUUAAAUUGUACAAGAUGCUGAAGGAGAUAAAUAAAAAUAAACUAUGUGAAAA